AAGAACCCAUUAACAUUAACACACAUUAACAUUCCUCUCUCACUGCUGCUGCUGUACUUACUGGAUGGAAAAGAACCCAUUAACAUUAACACACAUUAACAUUCCAUUAGAAGAAAAAACACUACUUCAGUCAGGCCUGUUUCUGUGGGUUGGAUUUUGGGAUAAACGACAUUAAGCCACUACGGGCCAGUUUCCGAUCGGAACGUUUGGCUCGCGGCCCCAACUGCGCCCCCUGUAUCUGUGUGUUUGUGGUGUGUGUUGCCAUUAGAAGGGUCAGAACGCGAGAGCGAAGGGGACACCAUGGCUUCUCAGCGGCUUUAUCUGAGGUUGGUAGGGCUCACCGCUCUGCUCACAUUGCUGGCCCUCGCAGAUGUUUCCAGUGAGAGCAGCCUUCACAAGAUCCUGAAGAAAAGAGAUGUGGUGGGUGAUGGUAGCGCUUCACCUAAGUACAGGGUGGCUGUUGCUCCCGCCAAGGCUAAAGAGUUCCUGGCCAAGCUACAGCGGCCCAAGAGGAACAUUUGGGACCGCAGCAGGCCAGAUGUGCAGCAGUGGAUUAUGCAGUUCAUGUACAUGGGCUUCGACGAGACGAGACUGGAGGCGGACCUGUCCUACUGGAUGGACCACGCGCGGUCCAGCGAUCAGGGUCGCCAGCACCAUUAUGACGAGAACUCUCCCAUUGGACCCAGAGACAGAGGGGCACACCGUCACGGAGCCGACGUCAACUACGACUACUACUGACUCAACAUGCUGUCUCACUCCCUCUCUCAAAACGCAAGACUAACCUCUGUCUUCCUUCACUACUUCUAACCCCCUCUCUAUUUCUCCCUCAUAUAGUGUGCAACUUCUUUUCUUUCUUUGUAUACAGUUGACUUUCCGUUAAACAACACCUGGACAAACAUUCUUGGGUUGUGCAUCAGCUCAUGCUUUUCACUCGUUUCUAACCCAUCCCUUAGGGCCAAGACAUUGUGUGGCGUGCCACAGGGUUGGAUAAUGGGACCUUUGUUAUUCCUAAUCUAUAUCAAUGACCUUGCUGCUGUGUCUUCUACAGUACUUCCCCAUUCUCUUUGCCGAGGAUACCAAGUAGAUUUUUACCACACAAUCAUUUGUAUUCACUAAUUAACGAAGCCAACUCAGGCAUGGACACAUUUUCUGAAUGGUUCCAGAUAAACAAAUCAUCUUUAAAUGUAAAAACCUCUAACUUUAUUUUAUUCACUAGUAAGGAUAAGAAAUGUGGUUAAAAUAAAGAGCCAGAAUCUCAAUUGGUGGGAAUGAAAUGGAACAAGUCACAUCCACUAGAUUCUUCUGAGUUAUAAUUGAUGAACAGUUGUCCUGGAAUGAUCAAAUUCAGUUAGUUCUACUAGAUUCUUCUGAGUUAUAAUUGAUGAACAGUUGUCCUGGAAUGAUCAUAUUCAGUUAGUUCCACUAGAUUCUUCUGAGUUAUAAUUGAUGAACAGUUGUCCUGGAAUGAUCAUAUUCAGUUAGUUCCACUAGAUUCUUCUGAGUUAUAAUUGAUGAACAGUUGUCCUGGAAUGAUCAUAUUCAGUUAGUUCCACUAGAUUCUUCUGAGUUAUAAUUGAUGAACAGUUGUCCUGGAAAGGUCAUUUUCAGUUUGUCUGCAGCAAAGUGGUGAAAUCUGUUGGUAUUAGUGGUUUGGUUCAUCAGGCUUGCUUCCUAACUCUAUACUAUAUCGUAGCUUAAUUUACCAUAUCUUAUUUACUGUAAUAUUGUCUGGGCCAGCACAUAUGCCUCCUAUCCACACAAAUUACUCCUUAUACAAAAUACAUUUGCAAGACUAGCCUCCUCCUCUAAUUACCUGGCUCCAUUUGCACCUUUGUUUAAGAAACUCCAGAACUUGUAUAUUUACAACAGUAACGUACACAAAACAUGCACUUUCAUCUACAAAUACUCAAUCAAAUUCAAUCAAAUGUAUUUAUGAAGCCCUUUUUAUAUCAGCCGAUGUCACAAAGUGCUGUACAGAAACUCAGCCUAAAACCCCAAACAGCAAGUAAUGCAGAUGUAGAAACAUGGUGGCUAGGAAAAACUCACUAGAAAGGCAGGAACCUAGGAAGAAACCUAGAGAGGAACCAGGUUCUGAGGGGUGGCCAGUCCUCUUUUGGCUGUGCUGGUUGAGAUUAUAACAGUAAAUGGCCAAGAUGUUCAAACGUUCAUAGAUGACCAGCAGGGUCAAAUAAUAAUAAUAAUCACAGUGGUUGUAGAGGAUGCAACAGAUCAGCAUCUCAGGAGUAAAUGUCAGUUGGCUUUUCAUAGCUGAGCAUUCAGAGUUAGAGACAGCAGGUGCGGUACGGAGAGAGUCGAAGACAGCAGGUCUUCAAGGGAGCACAUCCAGUGAACAGGCUCAGGGUUGAAACAGUUGGGGGAGCAGCAACACGAAGAGGUGGAUUGGGGACAGCAAGGAGUCAUCAGGCCAGGUAGUCCUGCGGCAUGGUCCCAGGGCUCAGGACCUCUGGGAGGGGAGGGAGAGAGAGAGAAUUACAGGGAGCAUACUUAAAUUCACACAGGACACUGGAUAAGAAAUACUCCAGACAUAACAGACUGAUCCUAACCCCCCGACACAAACUAUUGCACAAUAAAUACUGGAGGCUGGUACAGGAGGGGUAGGGAGACACUGUGGCCCCGUCCGACGAUACCCUCGGACAGGGCCAACCAGGCAGGAUAUAACCCCACCCACUUUGCCAAAGCACAGCCCCCACACCACUAGAGGGAUAUCUUCAACCACCAACUCACUACCCGGAGACAAGGCUGAGUAUAGCCCACGAAGAUCACAUCCACGGCACAAACCCGAGGAGGGCGCCAAUCCCGGACAGGAAGAUCACGUCAGUGACUCAACCCACUCAAGACAUGCACCCCUCCUAGCGAUGGGAUGGAAGCGCACCAGUUAGCCAGGGACUCAGCCCCUGUAAUAGGGGUAGAGGCAGAGAAUCCUGGUGGAGAUUAGGGCUCCGGCCAGGCAGAGACAGCAAGGGCAGUUCGUUGCUCCAGUGCCUUUCCGUUCACCUUCACACCCCUGGGCCAGACUACUCAGGCUAGCACUGGAGUAAUAUGAUACAUUUUUGGGGUUCGAGUCAAGAUUCUAGCAGCCAUGUUUAGCACUAACUGAAGUUUAUUUAGUGCUGUAUCCGCGUUUCCAGAAAGUAGAGCAUUGCAGUAGUCUAAUCUAGAAGUGAUAGAAGCAUGGAUUAACUUCUCUGCAUCAUUUUUUGAUAAAAAGUUUGAUUUUUGCUAUGUUACGAAGAUGGAAAAAAAACUGUCCUUGAAAUAGUCUUGAUAUGUUUUAUCAAAAGAGUGAUCAGGGUCUAGAGUAACGCUGAGGUCCUUUACGGUUUUAUUUGAGACGACUGUACAACCAUCAAUAUUAAUUGUCAGAUCCAACAGAAGAUCUCUUUGUUUAUUGGGAUCUAGAACUAGCAUCUCUGUUUUGUCCGAGUUUAAAAGUAAAACAUUUGCCGCCAUCCACUUCCUUGUGUCUGAAACACAGGCUUCCAGGGAGGGCAAUUUUGGGGCUUCACCAUGUUUCAUCGAAAUGCACAGCUGUGUAUCGUCCGCAUAGGAGCGAAAGUUAACAUUAUGUUUCCGAGUGACAUCACCAAGAGGUAAAAUAUAUUGUGAAAACAAUAGUGGUCCUAAAUCGGAACACCAGAACUUACAGUUGACUUUUCAGAGGACAAACCAUCCACAGAGACAAACUGAUAUCUUUCCGACAGUUAAGAUCUAAACCAGGCCAGAACUUGUCCGUGUAGACCAAUUUGGGUUUCCAAUCUCUCCAAAAGAAUGUGGUGAUCGAUGGUAUCAAAACCAACACUAAGGUCUAGGAACACGAGGACAGAUGCAGAGCCUCGGUCUGACGCCAUUAAAAGGUCAUUUACCACCUUCACAAGUGCAAUCUCAGUGCUACGAUGGGGUCUAAAACCAGACGGAAGCAUUUCGUAUACAUUGUUUGUCUUCAGGAAGGUAGUGAGUUGCUGCGCAACAGCUUUUUCUAAAAUUUUUGAGUGGAAUACCGCUCGGACAGUUUAUCUAAACCCUUCAAUGGAUUCUUCCAGGUUAAUUACUGAGAUCCAUCUAUAGUCAGGUCCAUAAGUAUUUGCAUCAUUUUGGCUGUGUAUGCCACCACAAAGGAUUUUGAAAGGAAACAGUCAAUAUGUGCUUUAAGUGUAGACUUUCAUCUGUAAUUUAAGGGUUUUGUCAAAAUGAUUAUGAACUGUGUAGGAAUUAAAAAACAUUCAUACAUAGCCCCCAAUUUUAUGGGCUCAAAAGUAAUUGAACAUAUUAACAUAAUCAUGAAAUAAAUUGUGAGUUUUAAUACUUGGUUCCAAAUCCUUUGCAGUCAAUGACUGCCUGAAGUCUGGAACCCAUAGACAUCAUCAGAUGCUGGGUUUCUUCCCUGGUGAUGCUCUGCCAGGCCUUUACUACAGCUGUCUUCACUUCCUGCUUAUUCUUGGGGCGUUUUGCCUUCAGCAAGUGAAAUAACAUGCUCAAUUGGAUUCAGGUCAGGUGAUUGACUUGGCCAUUGCAGAACAUUCCACUUCUUUGCCAUAAAAAGGUAUUGGGUUGCUUUCGCAGUGUCCAUCUGCACUGUGAAGCACUGUCCAAUGAGUUUUGAAGCAUUUGGCUGAAUCUGAACAGAUAAUAUAUCCCUAAACACUUCAGAAUUCAUCCUGCUGCUUUUGUCAGCAGUCCCAUCAUCAAUAUAUACAAGGGAACAAGUUCCAUUGGAAGCCACACAUGCCAAUGCAAUAACACUACCUCCACCAUGCUACACAGAUGAGGUGGUAUGCUUCGGAUCAUGAGCAGUUCCUUCCCUUCUCCACACUCUUCUCUUCCCAUCAUUCUGGUACAAGUUGAUCUUUGUCUCAUCUGUCCACAGGAUGUUGUUCCAGAACUGUACAGGUGUUUUAGAUGUUUUUUGGCAAGCUCUAAUCUGGUCUUCCUGUUUUUUUGAGGCUUACCAAUGGUUUACCAAUGGUUUACAUCUUGUCUUCUCUUGACUGUUGACUUUGACACAGAUACACCUCCCUCCUGGGGAGUGUUCCUGAUCUGGACAACUGUUGUGAGGGGGUUUUUCUUCACCAGGGAAAUAAUUAUUCUGUCAUCUACCACAGUUGUUUUCUGUGGUCUUCUGGGCCUUUUAGUGUCCCGGAGCUCACCAGUGCGUUCUUUCUUUUUAAGAAUGUACCAAAUAAUUGAUUUGGCCACACCUAAGGUUUUUGCUAUCUCUCUGUUGGGUUUGUUUUGAUUUUUCAGCCUAAUGAUGGCUUGCUUCACUGGCAGGGACAGCUCUUUGUACUUCAUAUCGAGGGUUAACAGCAACAGAUUCCAAAUGCACACUUGAAAUCAACUCCAGAACUUUUGUCUGCUUACUUGUAAAUGACCUAAUGAGGGAACAACACACACCUGGCCAUGGAACAGCCAAUUGUCCAAUUACUUUUGGUCCCUUUAGAAGGGAGGCAAAUAUUUGCAGUGCUGUAAUUCCUACACCGUUCACCCUCAAAUUAAAGCUGAACGUCUGCACUUUCAGCUCAUAUUCAUUAUUUCAUUUCAACUCCAAUAUGUUGUGGUAGACAGCUAAAAUAAUAAUGACUGUAUAUAACACAAUACACUGCGAUAACCUUUACCCCCUCCACUGCUACAUCUCACAGUCAAUUCUCUGUCAGAUACAGAGGUACCAUACUCUGAAACUUUUAUUUUUACAUUGCCAAAGCAUAAUCUCUCAAUAACUUCAAGUGAAGACUGGGGGUCAGCCUGAUGAAUCAAACUACACAGUAAUCUCCAUUUAUGCUAACUCUCACACAUUUAAACAAAACACUUUGUGUGUGAUUACUGCACAAUUCAUUUAUACAUUUAUAAUUAGGUUUUGUUAUGUUUUAACAAACUAAUUUUAUUUGUGUACUUAUGUCUUGUAAAACAAUGUGUAGGCGUGUGGUUUUCAAAUAACACAUGCACACAACACCUUCCAACAACACCUGCACACCGUUUGUAUUUUCUCUAUCUCUUGUUUAUUCGAUGCAAAGAAAUUCAACUAAACUGUCCCCUCUCUCACACUUCUCCCCAGUCUAAUCGAAUGGCCCCCGGCUCCUGCUCCAGAUCUGGCUUUAAUCUUCCUAUCGCUUUACACCAGCUGCUGUUCUGUUUGUUUGUCGAGGAUCAGUAUCAAUAAAGACUGACUCAUU